AUGUCAUCUUCCUCCGAGAGUGGAGUAUCCGAUACGGUAGACCCUAUGGCCAUAGUCUCGGAUGACGAGAUAGCCACAGACCCUGAGGUUUUCACUUCAGACACUACCAAUGACGAAGAUGAUGAUUUCCAGCCGUUUGCUUUACCAAAUUUUGGAGAUGAUAUAUCACUAGCUGAUGGUCUUCUUGACGGGGAUCUACUUCUUGUUCCGAUCCCUGCUCCUUUUCCUCUAGCUGCAUUUCCUCUCGAGGAUCUGCCUCUUGAUGCCAUGUCUGACGACGACGUCGAUCUCUUUAUUGAGGGCCCCCCUGAGGGUACCCAGGAUGAUGGAGCUCCAGUCGAUGAUGACGUUGUCGUUCCGCUUGUCGAGAUUCUAGUCGUUGAUGUCAUUGUUGUUCCGAUUGUCGAGGUUCCUGUCAUGGAGAUUUUAUCUGAACAUUCUGGUCCUGACUCAUUCGACACAGCUAUGUCUGCUGCACCUGUUCCUCCACACGACUUCGAGUUUGAUGAUGAGUUGGAUCCUGUCUUUCCACACGACUUUGACCCUGAUCAUGAGAUUGAGUUUGUCCCCGAUGACCAGCCAUUUGAGGCACCUGUCGAGCCUGACAUGAUACCCGCUGAUCUUGAGCUUGCUCCAGCUGACCCUGAGCCUGUGAUUGCACCUGAGCCUAUACCGGCACACGAACCUUUGCCUGAGCAUGACCCUGCACCCGUUGACAUUCCAGUUGUUGCACCACCAUCACAUGACCCGAUCCCUGUACUGGUUGAUCGUGCUCCUUUUGCACCUCAGAUUGACCCCAGAUAUGCAUUCACCCACAAUGGGUUGAUCGAGGACGAUGAUGACUUUCCUCCUUUUGUUAGACCUGUUACUCCCCCAACUGCACUUGUCGUCAUGCCACCCAGAUUUCUUCGCGGUCGAGGCAAAGGACACAUGACAGGCCAUGAUCACGAUGCCGGGCCGUCACAUCGACGCACUCCUUCCAUCACCAUGAGCACCAGUCCGCAAGAACCAUGGAGACUCUAUGUCGAACCAGGAAGGCGAUCAGUAUCCCUUAGCUCCUCUCCCUCGUACCAACAUUCAUUUGGGCCCAAUUCUGAAAACGAGCCCAAUAACCAGCCUCCAUCUUUCAUACCUCUCCAAAGAUCCAAUUCUCACCAUUCCUUUGGCAGCCCAACAGCAGUCUUCCGAAGCCGGUUUAACCCGGCUAACCAUCUGCCUGAACCCGUGGGUUUCAACCCACUCGGACCAGGAGACCACUUUCCAGAGGAAAACGACAUGGAUGAGGACACCGACCCCAUGGAACCUGCAUCAGGGACACCAAAUCACCCCAUAGAAAUAUCAGAUGGGUCAUCCUUCCAUGGAUCACCAUACCGAGGACCGGACAGUUAUAUGGAGAGAUUCAACCAGUAUGAAUGGUACUUCACCCCGUCUGAGCAUUCGUCAUCCCAACCGCACCAGCAGCAACAAGAUCCUUCGGAGGGUCAUCAGUUUGUGGCAGUCACGCCGCCGCCACCACCGCCAGUAGAGCAACAGCAGCCGCCUCCGGAACCACCGAGGCGAAGAAGAUCAAACGCACGUAUGUCCGUGCGAGGUGGGGUUCGGAUUGCUACUCCCCAGCCAUCUAGCGGCAGCCAUUAUCCGCCACUUCAGGAAGAAGAAGACCCGUAUGAAGGUGGUCCGUCAAGCCCUAUACCAGAUGUUAACUCUGUACCUGUGAUACCACCUUUGGGUUUCGAUAACCCGAUUCCUGCGUAUGCUGGGUCAGCGGCAUACAACCCCUUUGAGCAGCCGGCGCACACCCACUACAACUAUAACUACGGUUACGCAGAGGUAGAUCCAUACCAAGUAGCUCAGAAUUACAAUAUUCUUCAUCCUGAGGGGCCAUAUGGAGGGCCAUGGACUACUGGUUACCCGACAUAUGGGUAUCAGCAUCAGCCACCACCUCCGCCGGUGUAUCAGCCGCCUCAACCACCGAUUCAGCAGGAAGUACUAGAAAGGUUGAACCAAGUCGAGCAAGAAGUUCGCGAAGACCGCAAAGAGCGGCAAGGUUUCUUAAAGGGGCUAUCGGACUUGCUUAAGGGGAAAUCGAAAAGGAGGGGUCAUUGA